AAGUGGAAGGAAUACUAUCCGAAGAAGGUGUUCAACAGGAACAUGAAGAUCAUGGUUCUUCUGGAAAAAACAAGAGUUUUCAUGUCAUUGACACCCGUCGCCGGACCACCAGAGGCCAGAACGGCCAUAGCUCUACUAGCAGGGCUUCACGUUCACCGGCUUCCCCGGUUAGUGGCUCUUCCCCAGAUUUGUUACUAGAUGUUGCAGCUUCUUCUGAGAGUAAGAAGAAUCGUUCCAGGAGAACAAGUAUCGGUGCCUCUGCCUCUUCUGCUCUCGUGAUUCGACCUUUCAGCAAAAGGGAUGGAACUACAUCUGGUACGCCCUCAGACUCAGCAAAUAACACGUUAAUCGCUGCUCCAGCUGCAAGAGUACCAAUACAGGAUGAAGAUCAGC